UGAUGAGGAGCAUGAGGUCUGGAAAGACAGAGCAGAGGAAAGAAUAGGUGGAGGAGCAGGAGUGGGGAUUCAAGUGGCGCAUCUUUGCUCUCAGCAUCCAGGGUCCCUGGACUGUCUUAUGGGUCUCGGUGGGCCGCCGUCCGCGCCAGGUGGACUGGCAGCGGGGCGGCUCCGGACUCUGGCGCAGGUUACGCCGCUGGACGCAGUGACAGAGAAAACCCGCGGCGGCCACUGAGGGACACAACUGACAUUUUUGGCUGUCACAGUGAAGCAGCAUGCCAGCGAUCACUCACACCGACCGCGGGGUGUGAGGAAGAGGGGGAGAGAGGCUAUGGACAUGCAGGGGGAUGACUCGCUGUUGAAGAACCGGACGGUACACGGGCCGGAGCCGAGCCAGGGGGCAGCGCGCCCUGCAUGGGCAAUCACGGCGCUGGCGAGCGUGCUGAUCUUCACCACUGUGGUGGAUAUCCUGGGAAACCUGCUGGUUAUCGUGUCUGUGCUUAGGAACCGCAAACUAAGAAAUGCGGGAAAUGUCUUUGUGGUGAGCCUAGCCUUCGCUGACUUGGUGGUUGCAUUCUACCCCUACCCUAUGGUGUUGUACGCCAUCUUCCAUGAUGGCUGGUCACUCGGUGAAACCCAGUGCAAGGUGAGUGGCUUCCUGAUGGGGUUGAGUGUCAUUGGCUCUAUCUUCAACAUAACAGGCAUCGCCAUCAACCGUUACUGUUACAUCUGCCACAGCUUCAGCUACGACAAGCUGUACAGCUACCGCAACACGCUGCUGCUGGUGGCACUCAUCUGGCUGCUGACCGUUGUGGCCAUCGUGCCCAACUUUUUUGUUGGUUCACUCCAGUACGACGCACGCAUCUACUCAUGCACAUUUGCACAGACAGUCAGCACGUCCUACACCAUCACUGUAGUGGUCAUCCAUUUCUUUGUACCCAUUGCUGUGGUCACCUUCUGCUACCUGCGUAUCUGGAUCCUGGUCAUCCAGGUAAGGCGGAAGGUAAAGUCAGAGGUCCGCCCUCGCAUCAAGCCCAGCGACCUUAGGAACUUUAUCACCAUGUUUGUGGUGUUCGUGCUGUUUGCUAUUUGUUGGGCACCACUCAACUUCAUUGGGCUCGCUGUUGCUGUCAACCCUGAAGCAGUGGCGCCUCACAUCCCGGAGUGGCUCUUUGUGGUCAGCUACUUCAUGGCUUACUUCAACAGUUGCCUUAAUGCCAUCAUCUAUGGCCUGCUUAACCAGAACUUCCGGAGGGAGUACAAGCGGAUCAUCAUGUCAGUGUGGAUGCCUCACCUCUUCUUCCAGGAGACGUCCCGAGGGGGCACUGAGGGCAUGAAGAGCAAACCCUCGCCAGGGCUCAAUAACAAUGAGCAAGUAAAAGGAGAAACCCUGUGACACUGAUUUCCUCCUCUUUCAUCUCCUCGUCCCUCCUCUUCUGUGUUCACUUGUGCAGUGCCAUUGAUCAGACUUAAAUCUUUACUGUGCCAAAGCAAUGAACUCUGGAAAUACAGAUAGAAUGACCAACAGUGAGCGGGAGAUUAAAAUGAAAAAAGAGAUCAAACAGAGGCAUACUGACUACAAUAGUAAUGUUAGUCAUUCUUUUAAGAGUGCCAUUCAUAAAACCUGAGGCUCAUCAAUUUCAGUUUGCACUGAUUUUAUCUAAAGAAUUUUUUUUUAAUUCAUUUGAAAAACUUACUGUGAAAUUGAUUGAUUUGAUUAUAUGUUCCCUUCCCUAAAACAUUGCUCAACUUAGUUUACAGUAAAUAACGACAGAUGAUGGAAAGUACACCCAGAAUAAGUUUCUGCAACAGAGUGAAGAGAAAAAUGGAGAUAUGUUAGUUAGACGUGGUAUGCUCCUGGGGGUAAAAAAAAAAAAAAAAAAAUCAUUGAAUCCAUUGAAUUGUCCCCCUGCAAAAUUUUGCCCCUUAAGGACUAAAAGCCAGAGGUGUGAACUAAAGAUCACAUGACUUGGACUUGAGUUGGUCUCGAGUCAUAAAUCUGAUGACUUUAGACUCAACUUGACAAAAUCAAAAAAGACUUGCACCUGGACUUGGACUAAAACACCAGUGACUGGUGACUUCACUUGGACUGAAGCCUUUUGACUUGAAAGUAAUUAAUACUUUUCUAAAGGGCCCAAAGAUUAAAAAGUUUGUUAAAGUCAAAGUCAGUGAACACAUGAUAACUGUUAGAAAAUACAUGCUAAAAGCGUGAAGACUGGGCACUGCCAGUGCUACACUGUGGAGUUUGACAGUUGAACUGUUUUUUACCACUUCUGUGUCCAGAGCUUUUUGGGCGGGUCUAAAAGCCUGUUCAGUGAUGCACUAAAGCCAUCCAUAACAUAACCCUUCCCCUAUUAUAUAAAUACUACAUUACUACAAACGUUGUCUUAGGGCGCAUUGCACUAGUGUCGUUCUGUUCGCCCACUGUGUGUGAGGGGCAAGUUUGCUAUGUCCCGUGAGCUCUCUGAGCUCAUUUAGUCUAAUAAAUACAUGAAUAAACAUCUCUGUUAAAUGCCUCAGCCAUAUAAACACAAGCUUAACAGCCAUCACUAAUGUACCUUUCAUUCUCUCUGGCCGAAUCAGCUACCCAGCCUACCAGCAAUUGCUGCUCACUGCUGUGGGCUUUUUCUAACAUUAGCUGUUGUUAGCUGCUUUACAAGAGGCUAUAGCUGCACAGCAGCUCUUGUUCCUCCUAGUUCAUAGGGCAUGUGCUGUGCAAUCAUAGAUUGUCUGUGCUAGUGGCUUAGCUACUAACAAGAGUCUGUUGCUGCGCAGGGACUCAUACUUCGGCUUGGGGGUUGUGUAUAUGACUGUGCCUCUGGCUUAGCUUCCGACAAGUGUCGGUCGUUUCGUUAACUGCUAACAAGAGUCUUUCACUGCACUGCAGCUUUUUUUUUCAGCUCGGGGUUUGUGUAUGCUUUGUGCUACUGGGUUAGCUUCUAAUUAGUGUCCAUUGUUUCAUCAUGGCUUUUCAGUGGACACAUCCCCAGCAUCUCAGAGCAGAGAAUACUGCCCAUUUUUUUUCACAAUUUUGAAAUCUAAUUUUAUAUACCAUGCAAUUUUUUUCAAUCAUUCAAAUUGGGCUGGGUGGUUUACACAUUUUUCUGUGGUGUUACAAACUCAUUACAGGUUGGUGAUGGUUGGCAAUAUCACAUACGACAUAAAGUACUUUGUGAAGUAUUUUACAACAUUUAUAUUAUAUAUAUAUAGUUUAGGACUUGACUCAGGACUUGUCAGUCUUUAUUUAGGACAUGAUUUGGGAUUUGCCUGUCUUGAUUUGGGAUUUGACUCAGAAGUUCAGACUUACUUGUGACUUGAAAAAUAAUGACUUGGUCCCACCUCUGCCAAAAGCUAGUCAAUUUGUCUAAUAUUAAUUAAUUAUUAAUUAUUAUUAAUAUUUCAGUCCAGAGUGUAACAUCCUGACACUUACUGGCACACAAAGUGUAAGAGGCAGUGUGACCUUUAUGUAGCAGGGGUAAGACUGCAUUCACACCAAAUCAGGCAUUGUGGUGAUCAGAAGUAGGAUGGUGCAGUGGUGUGGGAGUGUCACUUGAAUAGCCCAGUUGUGGGGAGGUGGAGGGUGAAGACCAACUAUAGAAAGGAAAUCUCCCCAUCUCAGGGACUGAGUACUUGUCUUCAGUAAGUUUGUUUAUGUUGGCUUUAAAGAUUUGUAGAAUUUCUUUUGGUUAUUGUAACUGUAGUAUCUUUACUACCAUAAAAGGCGUGUUCUCAUAAACAAAGCAAGUGCUCUCCUUGGAUACGAGCUGUUAAUACGUACUUUAUUUCACUCACUAUAAUUUUUCAACGUUGCUGAAAACUGACUUGUUCCUGUGGACUGCUGGCAUUGUCCAGUCUGAUUGCUGGAUAUGUGAUUGGUCACCACAGCAUGAUGUAUAAAAAAAUAAAAGAGAGGAAAAGCCCUGGUCCUGAUGGUCUUGAAAGAAAAUUAUUGAAGAGGUGUGUCAGUCAACUCAGUAUGGGUGAUUGGGUUGUAUUUUUCCAAAAGUUAAUUCUGUUCAGGCCACUAUGUUUUUUGCCUGAUUUAGUGUGAACGCAGCCUAAUGUUGUGAGGGCAUGUGGAUAUCCAAGUGGAUAGGCAUGUAGCAUGUCUGCAGCUCAGACAUUGAUGUCAGUAUUGUUAAAAUACAUAACAUAAAAAACAUUUCUUCCUAGUUCUCUAAAAUGCUAUCACUGAAUGUAACCUGUGGUGCACCAGAAUUCAAUAUAACAUUCUUCCGGCCGCAGUGUUGGGACAGUCUUUCACUUCUCUGUAGCACAGUUUUCAGGACAAACAUUUUUAGUUGCACUAUUGUUAAGACUCAAAUGGCAAAAUUGUCUGUAUAACCCCAUAUACCUAACCUAAACCUAACCUAACCUAACCUAAACUAUCUCCUGAAUAGUUCCAGGAACUAAGGAACCCUAGAAACUAAACUCAGGAACUAAAUCAGAAACAAAAGCCUCUUUUGCUCGCUGUUAAAUGGGUGGAAACUAUGCAAACUAGUCAACAUGGCAGAAGACUUGGGUCUAAAACCUGUUUCCACCAAGCAGCCUGGUACAGUUCAGUUCAGCUCGGCACACAUCUUUUCCGUUUCCACUGUGAAAAGUUGUGGAUGGUACCAAUGGAACUGUUCCGUACCAUCCCCAUUUUUGGUAACCCCUCUGUUGGGGUACCCAGCACACAGAUCUGGUAGUGAAAGGUGGAGCUCUGAACACUGCAGUCCGUUGACUGGUCAACAGAGGACAGUCACUCUUGAUCAGGGCUGAGUUGCGGCUGGUUUUAAGGCUUAUGUAACCACUGCUCAUACCAUGGCAAGUCUUACAUAUAUUAGUAAACUAUAACUAUAAAAUUAAAGGAUGUUUUGUUGCCUCUUGCGGCAGCUGUAGACUGAGAAAAAAAUUAUUUAAUUAACUGGGCAGACUGCCGGCAACUUUUAAGGCGAAAUGUUUACUUGUAAUUUUAUUCAAUGCAUGAGUUGAUGACGUGAAUCACACCAUCAACACACCUUAAAUUUCAAUAUGACAACUUUGACCAUUCCAUUAGUUUUUAUUGUCCCUCUUGGACAACAUCAUACACUGUUAGUAAUGAGUGCAUCUUCAAGCAUUUAAAAAUUUAUAUUCAUUUCAACUGCAUAUAUUCUGAUCCUCACUUGGAGGGAAAAAAAAGUGUCACGGAGCAUUGUUCUUAUGGACUACGGCAUCACAAAACCCCCCCGCUUGCUUGAGAAGGACAAAAUGCACAAACCUACUAUUUUUAAAUAUCCCACUGACAGAGACUCUCACUGCAGCCUGUUCUAAUUUCUUCUGAAAACGUCGGCGUGCAACCCCAUUCUGUAGAUGAUAAACGAGUCGCAGACUUUUAUCUGAGAUAAAAGUCUGCGACUCGUUUAUCAGAUAUAACUUUUAAAUUCAGAGAGUGCUGGAUGGAGCAGUGAGUAACAACGACCCCACCCACAUAUUAGAGUACUGUUUGCAGUGGGAACGCCAAACGGACCUGGGGUCUAGGUACCAUCGGUAUCGGUUACUGGCCAGAUAGCAUAUCGACGAAAAUAUAUGAUAUAUGUAUAUAUAUAUAUAUAUAUAUAUAUAUAAUGUAUAAAGACACACAAACAUAUUUUAUUUUGUUGGGAUCUGGUCACUCUACCUGAAGAGGCAUUAUGAGACUGAAAACGCCAAAGAAGUGUCACUUUGCUGAGUGUCUAGGUGGAUAUUAUUAUUAUUAUUAUUAUUAUAUUAGUUUCAGUUGUGGAAUAUCACAUUAAAUCAAACUGCAGUUAUUUUUAGUCUCAUCAAACUGCAUAUAACUUUGAUUUUAACAUCGAGAAAUGAUAAGAAAUCUUAACGCUUCAUUCUGAUAUUGAUGCCUGUGCAACUUGACACAGUGCUGCAAACCCCACCCUGAUAACUCCUGGGUCAUUAGAAGAUUCUCCUUCAAGAGCAGGGCCCUUACUGGGGACCAGGAGCGAGACGUCCCUGAGUUCCUGCGUUCUUGUGAAGGGUUUCUGCAAGUUCCUGCAGUGGAAACAGGCUACAUGUUCUUUUCUCCAACACUUUAACCAAGUGGGGUGAAAUGAUCAGAAACUUCUAUUAUCUCUGAUAUGAUUUCACUUUGAUUUUUGCAAGGUUGAUUUAGUUCAGUGGAUGUUCACCUGCUUCUUAGUAUUCAAAAUAAUGAUGACUUCCAUGCUUUUUUAAUGCAAGAAAACCAAAAUUGAUGAGCCCUAAACAUGUAUUGCAACAUGGUAUGUAUCAUGUUUUGUACACCUCAGGGUGCCUGCCUCCUCUCCUGUGUGGGCCAUAUGUAUCUGAAAGUGGAGGCACCAAGAGAUUAGUAAUUUUUGGUGUUUUACAUCAUGAAGUCCAUGAUGGAUGUUUUAAAGUCUACACAGUGGCUUCAUUAUCCCUCUGGAUUUCUGUACUGUAUUAGUAUUGUACUACUGUGUGUUUUGGUGCACCAGAUGUUUUUAAAGGUAUAAUGUUUAACAGUAAUUAUUGUACCUUUAAUUUCUACAAGAAAAAAAAAAGAUUCAAUUAUUUUGUCUUUUUUUUUUAUAACCAUGGGUAAAUGCACUACAGCAUGAUGAAUCCCUUUGUCUUUCAUUUUGUUACUGGAGGAUGCCUCAAAUUUCUUAUAGGAAUUUCCAUGGUUUGUCAAAGGUGCCUAAUUUGUUGUUCAUCAGAGUGAUGGUUUUGCCAAAAAAAAGAAAAAAAAACAAAAAACAAAACAAAAAAUGUUGACAGAAGGCUAUGGUGAGGUUACAGGUAUGUAAUUAAUAAGCUGUUUUACCAAUAUCACUCAUCACCUGAUAGAGUAGUGUCAAGGUGUGUUCACACCAAAUGGGAAGGGAAGGACAUGAACAUUUUCGAUAUCUAAAUUAGAAAACAUGCACGAGUUGAAAAUAUUUCAAGGCUUUAUGACUCCAAUUUUUGAAAGUAUAAAAACACAAGAGAAAAUAGUGGAGUAUUAUAUCAGAAAGGACUGCAAAACCUUUGAAAUCAGUCAGAAUCUGAUUGUGUGUCAAACAGACAGACAGACACAAACACACACACACACACAGAGGUUUACUUAAUAUCGGUGACUUUUGGGGAAAUUACAUAGCCUUGCAUUUAUUUCAGCAUCAGUGUAUCACAAGCCAGAUGGCCAAAAUCAUGUAAUUUUGUGUUUAAACAUUCAUUUUCAACAUCUUACUGUAAUGCCUUCUAAACUGCAGAGCUGGCACUGGAUGUCAAAAUGACGUCAGAAAGACGUUGGACAAACGUUAAGUUUUGGUUGGGAUGAAAAUCGGGAUAAUGAUAUUUCAAAUGUUAGAAUUUCAACAUUAUGAUGUUUUGCAGAUGUUGGGCUUUGUUCUCCAUACCUUACAACGAAAAGUCGUUAUUCUACGUUGACAUGUCGUUGGCAUGAGAAACGUUUUGGUGACGUAGCAACACAACUUAAAACCUAAAUUGCUGACCAGCUGAGUGGAAGCAACCAUUUAAUUCAAGAUUUAAGAGGAGAGCAGUGUGAUAAGACCUCUUCUUUUUCCUUUCGUUGUAUUUCACUCCUUGUAGUGCUUUUUUUUCACUAUUGAAACUACUACUUCCAUUAUGAAUUUGACAAGAUAAUGUGAAUGAACAUGCAAAACUUAAAAUUAUAUUAUUCCUGCAUUAAUCACUAUUCAGUGUUCAUAAUAUUAAACACUUUAACCAAAGGUUAUCAGCUCUCAGUGGUGAUCCAGGAAUGGACCGUCCACAACAGAACAUCACAGCAAGUAGUAAUCAUGUAACAGACAGGUUCCUGAGCUAUAAACCAGAACAGAUGCAGGAGCCAUGUAAAGCUCCUCUCCAACUGUAACAUCUGGCUUUUUAAUGUAAUGGAAAAGGUUACAAUCAGCAUUCACACCCAGAUGACUUUGCAGCAGUCACAGGAAUUUAUUGGCUCUGUCUCCAAUUGGCAGUGAUGGAAACACACUUUUACCGUCGAGAUGCAAUUACUUGCCACCACGAAAUACUGUCAGACUCCAACCAAGCAGAAAAUCAUCAGUCUGCGCCAAGUUUGAAAAGGAGACUGAAUAAGUAAGAGAUAUAUUAAACACAAUUAACUACUGUAACAUUUUCACUGGCCUUCAUGCUGCUUUCUACUGUUUAUUAACCUGUUUUCAGGCCUGUCUGUGAUGUCAAACGUGACACACCAGCAAAAAAAUCUGAAAGGCAUACUCGUCUGCUGCAGAGCCCUGUACAUGGCUUUAGUCUACUGGCAAUGGGAAAGGACUCAAUAACCUAUUUUUAAUGGGUUUUCCCAUGUUAAAAAAACUGUGUACACAUGCUCAUUUUGGGUCACAUGACCAGAUAUAACAAACAUGCAUGUCAGUGUUUACAUUCAAAGCGGGUGGAGCUAGCGUUGCCCGUCAAAGGAAUAGAAAGAAUGUUGUGAUAACACACCAAAAUUAAUAUAGACAUGCGUUUAAUGAAUUAAGAUGUCACAUUUAAACAUGUGAAGCAAUAACUUUUUAUGUAAAGACAAAAAAAAUCCUGUGUGAUAACACACAAGAAACAACAUGGUUUUGGCCACCUGGCUUACAGCUAGCAGCUGCACAGUCGAUACAGUCACUGUUUGUGGCAAAUAAACACAAAGUGCAAAACCUCUCCAGCAGUCAUAUUUGUGCAAAAAGACAAAAAAUUGCUUCUGUGUGAACACACCAUCAGUCAUCAGACGAAUGCAGUGCUAUAAAAUCUGGUUUGUCCGGUAAACCAUUAGAACAUUUAGAUAUGUAAGCCUACAAUAAAGUCAUGAAACAAAAACCCUGAAGGUAUAUAAAAGCACAAUUAUCUCUGAAGCCCGGGUGACAGUGUACUUAUGCAGUUUACAAGUUUAAUCUUAGUAAAGUUUCAAUCUUAGUAAUGAUGAGAAUCACCAGUUUCUCUAUGCAUUUCAUAUGCCAUAUCACUACCAGAGAACAUGACAGCUAAAGAAGCUUCCUCAGUACUUGUGAAUAAUGCUACUACUGUUUUUAUCCAGUCUAUCUUAGUAAAAAACCAAGGGAAACAGAUGGUGCAGGCUGAUCUCCAGGCCCGUCACUCUGUAUUCCAUGUUGGUGGAGAAUGUGCAUGAGUUUCUUGAUUGACCUUUUCUGUUUGGAAUGUCUUUUAUUACUUCUGCUUUUAUGAUUCUGGCUUGGGGUCUAAUGAUAACUGUGAAAAACUGCUGCUGAAAAGAUUAACGUAAUGAUGUGAUGAUGAUAAAUGGUUGGACCUGAUAGUGCAUAUUAAAUGUGUGCUAUGUGCUGCAAAUGCAAUGAUGACAAAAGAAAACAAACAAACAAAAAAGACAUUGUAUUGUUUUUAAAGGAGCACUAAGCGACUCUCCCAUGGGCUUUCUUCAAAGAUUCUUCUUCACUCCAACAAUUAUCCCACAAGGUUUAAAAUGCUACAGUGUAAUAUAGCUCAUGAGUGACACCUGCAGGCCAAGGACAUACUAUAAUUUCAAAUAGCUGAAACCUUUAUUUACCUCACUUGCAGAGAGAACCCGGUCUAUUUGGAACAGGCUUGUAUUAGAGACAGGCCUUUAGUUUUAAUUUUCCUUGUUUUUGUAAGUAUUUUCCAUAUUUUAUUGAUAAACGUCCUACUUUCUGAAUUACUCCCUUUUAAGUUAUUGUUGCUGCAGACUCAGCACGUCAGUAAUCUUUUCCUUUAGUUUUGAUAAAUUCAGUAUAGUGUACAUUUCUACAGAUGUAAUUCCACUGGUACAACAGAGUUGUGAACACAAACACUAUUCCCUCUAUUUUAAUAUUUUUCACAGAAAAGCCCAUGUGUAUAUAAAUAAAUGAGUAAAUAAAUAAAUGGCCUGACUGAUCGCUUCGUGGUCAUUUAAAAGCAAAGACAAGUUGUAUUUGCAACUGUGACUUGAGCAUAUUUAACACGUCUUCAUCCCAACUCGUCACAUAUCGCCGCUUAGUCAGUUGACUUUCACAUCUACAUGUGACACACUAGGUAACCUCCUGCAUCUGUUGUUGAUGUUCCGGGAUAGCGUGUCAAUUUAUGCUUGUUACAUGAAUUUUUAAAUAGACUGUAAAAAUAAUGGACGUAGCUACUGUGAUGUCACCCAUUAGUUUGUGGAUCCCCCUUUUGAAGCCUCGAGUACAGCAUUUUGGCCGUCGUUUUUUUGGAGCCAGACGUGACCAUAUUUGAUCGAGGGACUUGAGCUGUGAAGGAUUGAGGGGAUGGAUCUGACUGAGAAACCUUAAAUAUGCAUAAAAUUCACCCCCUCUACAGUCAUUAAUGGUGAAAUGACCUAUAGAGACCAAAACUGUUUUUUGCACCAGGCUGUAAACAUGUUUAUUUCUGCUGUAAAGUUGGGCAUUUUAACAUAGGUUUCUUUGGAUAUUGACUGGCUUCUGGAGCCAGCCUCUGGUGGCCAUUUGGUGAACUGCAAUUUUGGCAGUUCCACAUUGGUUUCAUUUUUCAGCCUUGGAGCUUGCCGCUUGUUAUUUCCAUGUGCAACAAAAGCACGUGGUUAUAUUAGGAAAAAGGCAUCAUGGAUUGGCAUUAAAACUCACACAUGAAAUGAACAGUGUGCUCCCAGGUGAAAGGUCAGGGUUUGUUGGACCCAUCCACCUCCCCUCCUGCCAGCCCUAUAUGGGCUUUCCAGCUCUUUAUAUUAAGUUGUUAUUGGCAGCGUUACAAGCUGGUGGUAUAUCAUAUUACUGCAAAAGGCACCUUUCUGCAUCAGUAUCUGACACUGACAUCACUGACAAAGCGGCGGUAUUUGACACGUUCGGAAUGAGAAUGGAGUGGGAUAUAAUGGAAACAUGAUUUAUAAGUUUGCCUCUGUAAAAAUGGUUGCCACUGUAAAGAAUUAAAACAAAUCAAUAAAACCAUUUUUAGUUUUCUGAAA